AUGGGAGUUUGUCUGGACAGAGUGCACACAGUAGCCCACAGGGUACCGUGCGGUUCGGCAACUUCUGCUUUGCCCCUGGCCGUUUACAGGCGUCCGCUUCUCACUCCGACUCCGACAGCAGUAUCCGUAAAGAGCCGUCUGUCUGUCCAGGCCGGCCACUUUCCAGCCUGUUACGUAGUAUUUGAGCUACUGGGUAGAGUGAACAAGCAUUUAAGGUUACGACCAGGAACUAGGCACUCGAUUGGCGUCCGAAACAGGAACAGAGACCCAGUUUCAAAGUCCCUGCAACCGCUGUCUGUGGGCUACUCCGACGCAAGAACCGGAAGACAAGGGAACCAAGAAUGUUUGUCGUCAAUGGGACAAUCAUUGACAGAAUCAGAGAGAGGGCCCGUCCUCGACCCUGGCUGUUCCAGUUCAAGUGCUACUGAAUAUGGGCCCUCUCGCUCCUCAAGACUACGUCGUCCCUUUCUCUCGUCUGAGCUUAAGCCAGACCUUCUCGCCAUUUCACUCUUUUUGCUGUGUCUUGUUUUCGCACUGUUUCUUCUGUGCUACUCCUUUCUCCCACCGUAUCAUCACAGCCGCUCGUUUACGAACCUCGUCCCCCAGGUCAUCCUCCUGCUACCCGACAUGAUGCGAGAUUUGCUCCCUGCAGGCUUCGUGCCGCUGCUGCUGUCAUCGUUGGCGGCUGCACCUGCUCCAGCCGCCGCCUCCAUCCUGUUUGCGUCGUCUUACAGCGGAGACAUCACCACACUCAAUCUCACCUUGUCGGGCGAGAACGCCACGCAGUCUACCCUGCAGGCCCUCUCAUCCUCCAACGGUUGCGGCCCCAGCCCGUCUUGGCUGACUCUUGACAAGUCUAACUCGAGGCUCUACUGCACGGAUGAGGGCCUUACCACCGACCACGGCUCCGUCUCAUCCUUCACAACCGGUCCUGACGGAAAGCUGGAGCAGCUGGCCAAGGUCAACACCACCGUCGGUCCUGUCAGUGCUGUUCUGUUUGGCGAGAAGAACAACGGCCUGGCUAUUGCACAGUAUGGAGGCUCCUCCGUGAGCUGGUUCGACGUCUCGAACAAGGCCGCUAUCACGCCUGUGAAGUCUGAGCGUUUCACCAUGGCCGGCCCCGGCCCCAAUCCCUCGAGACAAGAAGCACCUCACCCUCACGAGGUCUUGCUCGACCCCAAGGGCCAGUUCGUCCUGGCGCCCGAUCUGGGAGCCGACCUUGUCCGUGUCUACUCCGUUGAUGGCGUGAACCUCGCUGCCGUCGAGCCCCUGAAGGCUCCCCCCGGUAGCGGCCCCCGUCACAUCGAGUUUCUCGUCACCCCCGCGGGAAAGACGUACCUGUACCUCAUCACCGAGCUGGCUAACACCGUCAAUACCUACGAGGUCACCUACCUUGAGAACAAGACGCUCGGUUUUAAAGAAGUCUUCAGCGUAUCGACGUACGGCGCUGGGGGUUCUGCCCCUGCGGGUGCCAGUGGCGCCGAGAUCUGGAUCUCGUCCGAUGGCAAGUUCCUGUCCAUCUCCUCCCGCAACGACAGCGCUUUCAGCAUCACCAACCCGGACACCAAGGACGGCGCUCAGGUCCCCUCUGACUCUAUCAACAGCUUCAGUAUCAACGCCCAGACCGGUGAGCUCACCCUCCUGCAAAAGUUCCCCGCCGGAGGCCGCAUUCCCCGCCAGUUCUCUGUCAACAAGGAUGGCUCGCUCGUCGCUGUCGCAUUGCAGUCGGACAGCCGCGUUGUCAUCAUCAGCCGUGAUGCCGCCUCAGGCAAACUGGGAGAGAUCAUCGCGAGCGCCAAGGUUGCGGGCGAGGUCAACGCUAUUAUUUUUGAUGAGUAG